AUGCCUACGAUGGCUUCUCCCAGUCUGGAGGCAACCAGUUUCGCGCCCCGUCCGACCGACAACUUGAGCUUUGCGUCCACCCACAAAUACGAGACUGUUGAGGCGGAAUGGUAUAUGGAACUUCGCCAUUUCUUCGUCGAUCUCCCUACGCAGCUCACUGAGCUGGAGGAGUUUCUGAACGGAACGUCCUCUGCGUUCUCCACCAACGACAACGAAGAAAACAAGGCCGACACGCGCGCGCUAGCCAACUGGACCUCUUAUCAACUACCCGACGCCUUUGCCGGCCGUCAUCCCGUCUACGCCUACCCACGCGCUCGCUAUCCCAAUCUCCGCUACGCCCGGCGGAUUGUCUUCUCGCAACGUCUAGACAUCCAAGACAACCACGACCAGUCUGACGAUAACAGCAGGUGGCUGACAGGCCGCUGGCUCGUGGUGGCCUACCUUUUUGCUCCGACCCGCAAAGCAGUCAAGAAAAUGGACGUGAAGAGUCUACUACUCUCUGCCUGCACCCCUGCUGGCCAUGGUACAUUUAGGAACACAAACACAAUGUCGUGUCUCAACGCCUACAACCCCAUCGGGGAUGUACAUAUGAGAUCCAUGCAGCCCGGCGCAGGAGAGUGGUGGUUGCUACCGAGAGAAGAUAUCUUCUUCCAGCUCCAGCGUUGUGACGAUGAGAUGCUCGCCACAGCCUUCAUAUCCCAAGAUCCCAACGACUAUGACGGACCAUAUGUCCAUCGUCGGAAUGAUCACGAUUCCUCCACUCCCGACUACAGACGCCACAUGGAACGGCGGCUGGAGGACAUAGAACGGCGGCUGCAUGACAUGGAAUGGGCGCGACCUCUCCCAUUUGCAUGCGUCCAUGGCCAUGGAGUCGGCGGAGGUAUCCUUUCGGGACUCAACGGCCGUUGUAAGUUGGUGGAUCGGAUGUGGCCUGCUUUGAUGACGGGCCAGGACAUGAAGACGGCAUGGGAUGCUUGCAGUACUACCUCCAGCAUUUCUAGCACCUGCUGGACCCCGAGUAGUACAUCUAGUACCUCUUCCGAAGAAGAUAAUACCACCUCUGACAAUGAUGACGACGGCGACGAAGAUGGCGACGGGAAGGGCUCUUUCGGCUUUAUCUUCAGGAUAGUGAUCGGCUUGGUCGCUAUUACUGGUGCACUUCGCGAACUUGCAAUCUCUUCUGGGGACGAGCUUUCGUCUUCUUCGCCACGAUGCCUCUUCGAAAGAUGA